AUGACGACAUCGCCGCCGCCGCCGCCGCCGCCGCCGCCGACACAUGCACGCACCGGCCCAACUCUCGACUAUGAGUGGCGAGAUUCGCGCCAAAAAAUUGAAAAGAAAGGCAACUCCAUAAAAGUAACGAUAGUUUCAGGUGACAACGGCCGCGGAGCGGCGGCGUGGGUCAGGCGGUGGUGGCGCGCGUUGGUCGCCGAGGUGAUAUCCACCGCGCUGCUGGUCCUGCUCGGGGUCGCCACGCUCAUGACGAAGGAGCCCAUCGUUCUCACUCACCCCGCGCUCGCGUUCGGCUUCGUGGUGCUGAUGAACGUGGAGGCGUUCGGGCCCGCGUCCGGCGCCCACAUGAACCCGGCGGUCACUCUGGCGGCGCUUCUGUACGGCAAAAUGGGCGCGGCACUGGCGGGCGCGUACGCGGUGGCGCAAGUGGCGGGCGCGGUAGUCGGGUUCGGGCUGCUGCGGGCGCUGGCGCCGGCCGGUCUGGCGGCCACCGCGGGCUGCACCGGCACGGCGCUGCAUCCCGCCGCGGCCGCCGCGGUGGAGGCGCUGCUCACGGGCACGCUGGUGCUGCUCUGCUGCGGCCUGUGGGCGGCGCACGACGACGCCCGCCCGGACCGCGCCGUCUCCAUCAAGCUGGGCUGCGGCAUCGCCGGCCUGGUCUACGCCGGGGUCUGGCCACCUGACCGGCGCGAGUCUAAACCCGGCCAGAAGUCUGGCCCCGGCAUUAAUACAGAACUUUUGGACAAAUCACUGGGUGUACUGGGUGGGCCCGCUGGGCGGCGCGGCGGUGGCGGCGCUGCUGCAUCGGUUCGUGCUGCGCGCGCCCGCCCCCGCCCCCGCCCCCGCGCCCCGCGACGAGGCCCUGCCUCUACACGACAAGGCGUAGCUUCGACCUCUCCGAUAUUUUUAAUAGGGAUUGACCUAACCAGAUUUCUAGAAGAAUUUUCAAGUCGGUCCUUAACUGCAGAUAUAUGUGAUAGGCUAUGUACGAGUGCAAGUGAGAGGACAAGCCGACACCAUAUCACUAGAAGCUCAUAGUUUAAAGACUCGAUAACUUGUUAUUGCGCUAAUCACCUAUUGGCAUUUAUGAGUGCCAUUCGUUUGUUACGAAUUGUUAAACAGUGUUAUUUAUAUUAUAGUUUAGAAAGGCGUAAAGCCUGAACAUUUUAGAUCUGUUAGAACUUAACCAAGCCAAUUUUAAAAAGAUAGAAUCGGCGCGCACUAGCGAUUUCUAUUCAGCCUAUAAUUUGAUCACUCUGGUGUGAUCACUGAUCAGUGCGGGGCUAUAAGCUACUAAAGUAAAACUUAAAUAUUAAACUAAUUAAGUGCACGCAAACGGGCGAUAUAAAUCGGGCGAUGAAACUAUCUAAAAUGGCUACCCGACUUCUCAUCAAUAAAACUAUCGUGCAACUGUAGUCAGAUAGUUCAUUCAGGAUUCAUAACUAGUGACCGACCAAGAAAAUCGCUAAUGCGUGCAGAUUUUUAAAUAAAUAAGUACAUAUAUAGUGUUACAUUAUAGGUUUAAGUAUGACAUAAUUGAGCUUGACCAAACCCAUUAACUAUGUAAGCAUAUUAUGUACCUACUCAAUUUCGAUAACUUUUGGGCAAGUAAGGAUGCAUAAAGGAAGUAACCGUUUAAAUUAUAAUCUCUGCUAAUAAUACUUUAACCUACCAUGUGAAGCCUGACAUACUCUCAUGCAAUAUUUGUACUGGAAUUUUAUUAUUCAUUUAAAAUUAAACUGUUACUGAUCCAGCAUUCAGUUGUUAGUAUCCUUUGUAAAGUCAGCAUGUUUACAAUAAUUGUUUACCGUUCACAAUCAGCCUGCCAUCUACUGCCAUUUUUUGCUUAUAUGUAUAGGAAACGUAACAUACAUAUAAGUAAGUAUACGUGGGCGUGGCAGACCAUAUUAUAUUAGAGAAUGUGCUCAAGUCUUUACCAAUAUUCAAAUAAACUGUAAAUAAUGGUAUAAAGUAUAAGUUCUAAACGAAAACAAAAUUUAUAUGUUACUUUCCUUUUGGCUACCGAAUUCAUAAUUAUUGUAUGUUUUGUUUCCUAGUCAAUUUUUAAUCAGUCAAUCAAUAUAAUGUGUAAUGUUAUUUCAAAAUAGAUAUCAGUCAGAACCAUUCAAAGAACUAGGUUUUAUAUAUUCGAACUAUUUUCAUGUAUGAUUCUAUCAGCUCAGCUUUUAUAUAACCGACCCGUCGUACUUUGUUAAUUUCUAUGUAUAAUAAUAAUAAGCCGCGGAAUGCAUCAGUUUUUGAUUUAUAAUUUUUCAAAAAAUACAUACACAAUAAAUGAACUUUUACUGC